CACUUUCUCCCCGGGUACAACCUCUACAGCGCACAACGUCCAACCAGUCACAAUAGAAGAGCGUGGCCUAUAAAGGCCUUCCUCUUCCGGAUACCCGGAAAAAUUCGAAAAAAAAAAAAAAAUCUACACAACAAAAAACAUCACUCGCUCCUCACGCACAAACGAACGCAGAGAACGAGAGAGCGGAGCCAAGUGUGUAACGUCUAUAUAGGGAAAAAUUAACUCUCAAACCCAGAUCGAACCCUAAAUUUUUUUAACCUAUAUCGAAUUCUCUCAUUUCUUUAUUUAUCAGAUCCAAUUAUCGAUUGAAGAUUUUGUAGUUGCUUAGAUUGAUAGGAGGGGAUUAUGGCGGCCAUUAAGUCGGUGAAUAGAUCGGCGUCGGUGGCGUUAGCCCCGGACUCGCCUUACAUGGCGGCGGGGACGAUGGCGGGGGCGGUGGAUCUGUCAUUUAGCUCGUCUGCGACUCUUGAGAUCUUUAAGCUUGAUUUCCAAUCGGAAGAUCAUGAUCUCCCUGUUGUUGGUGAGUGUCAAAGUUCUGAGAGAUUUAAUCGUCUCGCAUGGGGUAGGAAUGGAUCCGGCUCUGAUACAUAUGGUCUUGGACUUAUUGCUGGUGGCCUUGUUGAUGGCAAUAUCGACAUUUUGAAUCCCUUGUCCCUGAUCCGUUCUGAGGCAAGCGAAAGUGCUCUUGUUGGUCAUCUAUCACGUCACAAAGGGCCUGUAAGUAAUGAUUUUUUGCCCCUUAUUCAUGUUGGGUCUGUUGGGAUCUUUGUGCAGGGUACUGGUUCUGCCUCUCAAGGAGAGAUUUCGUAUGUUUCCUGGAAUUGCAGAGUUCAACAUAUAUUAGCAUCCACUUCUUCCAAUGGAAUAACAGUGGUUUGGGACCUAAAGAAGCAGAAACCAGCAAUUUCUUUUGGAGAUUCAAUUAGAAGGCGGUGCUCUGUUUUGCAGUGGCAUCCCGAUGUUGCCACUCAGCUUGUUGUUGCAUCGGAUGAAGAUGGGUCUCCUUCUCUUCGGCUUUGGGACAUGCGAAACAUAAUUGAACCUGUGAAGGAGUAUGUGGGACACACUAAAGGUGUAAUAGGAAUGUCGUGGUGUCCCAAUGACAGCUCAUAUUUGCUUACCUGUGCUAAAGAUAAUCGAACAAUCUGCUGGAAUACAGUAACUGCAGAGAUUGUCUGUGAAUUGCCAGCUGGCACCAACUGGAACUUCGAUGUUCAUUGGUAUCCCAGGAUGCCUGGGGUUAUAUCAGCAUCAUCUUUUGAUGGAAAAGUUGGCAUUUACAACAUUGAGGGUUGCAGUCGAUAUACUGCUGGGGACAGCGACUUUGGAAGAGCAAAACUAAGAGCUCCAAAAUGGUGUGAGUGUCCGGUUGGGGCUUCUUUUGGCUUUGGAGGAAAGCUUGUAUCAUUUCGCCCCAAGUUACAAGCUGCUGGUGCUUCCGAGGUUUUUUUGCAUAACUUAGUUACUGAAGACAGUUUGGUGAGUCGAUCAUCUGAAUUUGAAAGUGCCAUACAAAAUGGGGAGAAGUCUUUGCUAAAGGCUUUAUGUGAUAAAAAAUCUCAAGAGUCUGAAUCAGAGGAUGAUCGAGAAACUUGGGGUUUCUUAAAGGUGAUGUUUGAAGAAGAUGGAACAGCAAGGACUAGGAUGCUUGCCCACCUUGGUUUUAGUGUACCCAUUGAAGAAAAAGAUGCUGUACAGGAGAAUGGUCUCAACCAGGAAAUAAAUGCCAUUCGACUCGAUGAUACACCUGCUGACAAAUUGGUAUAUGAGAAUAAUAAAGAGGCCACCAUCUUCUCUGCUGAUGACGGGGAAGACUUUUUUAACAACCUUCCAAGUCCUAAAGCUGAUGCCUCUUUGGCACCGUCUAGUGAUAAUCUUGAUCUUGGGAAUUCUGCUCCUAUUGCGGAAGAAAUAUCACAAGAACCAGAGACAUUGGAGGAGAGUGCUGACCCAUCAUUUGAUGAUAGUAUACAAUGUGCUUUGGUUGUGGGAGACUACAAAGGGGCUGUUGCACAGUGCAUAUCAGCAAAUAAAAUUGCUGAUGCUUUAGUUAUUGCUCAUGCUGGUGGCAUGUCAUUAUGGGAGAAUACACGUGAUCAAUAUCUUAAAUUGAGUCCUUCACCUUACUUGAAGAUUGUUUCUGCAAUGGUGAACAAUGAUCUAUUGACCCUUGUAAACACCAGGCCUCUCAAAUACUGGAAAGAAACUCUUGCACUCCUUUGUACAUUCGCACCAAGUGAGGAAUGGGGUAUGCUAUGCAAUUCACUUGCUUCAAAAUUAAUAGCUGCUGGUAAUACUUUGGCGGCAACUCUUUGUUAUAUAUGUGCUGGCAAUAUUGACAAAACAGUUGAAAUUUGGUCAAGGAGUCUGUCCACUGAGAGUGAAGGGAAAACAUACAUUGAUCUUCUUCAGGAUUUGAUGGAGAAGACCAUCGUCCUUGCUCUGGCAAGUGGUCAAAAGCAAUUUAGCGCCUCUUUGUGCAAGCUUGUUGAGAAGUAUGCUGAAAUUUUAGCCAGUCAGGGCCUCUUAACAACAGCACUGGAGUACUUGAAACUCUUGGGGUCUGAUGAUUUGUCUCCUGAGCUUACAAUCAUAAGAGACCGUAUUGCUCUCUCCAUGGAACCUGAGAAAGAAGCUAAGACUCUAGCUUUUGAGAACACCCAACAGCAAGGUGGAUCGUUUUAUGGUGCCCAACAUCCUGGUUUUGGUGUGGCUGAUGCCCCUCAUGCUUAUUAUCAGGGAGCAGUUACUCAACAAAUGAACCAUGGUGUUCCUGGGAGUCUAUAUAGUGAAAAUAAUCAGCAACCUAUUGACUCGUCGUAUGGAAGAGGAUUUGGUGCUCCUCCCUAUCAGCCUUCACCCCAGCCCCCAGCAUAUCAGCCUGCACCACUGCCCCAAAUGUUUGUUCCAACUCUUACACCACAGGCACCUAAGACAAAUUUUGCUCCACCUCCACCUCAUGCUGCUGCCUCUCAACAGCAUACGAGGCCUUUCGUCCCUGCAAAUGGUCCCAUGCUAAGAAAUGCCGAACAGUAUCAUCAACCCACAUUGGGCUCUCAGUUAUAUCCUGGGACUGCCAAUCCUGCCUUUAAUCCUGCACAACCCCCAACUGGUUCACAAGGACCUAUCACAGCUCAGACGGGUGCAAUUCCUGGCCACAGAAUGCCACAAGUGGUUGCUCCUGGCCCAACACCAAUGGGAUUUAGGCCUGUACAUUCAGGGGUUGUUCAAAGACCUGGGAUUGGUUCAAUGCAAACGCCAAGUCCUACUCAGCCUGCAUCAUUGCAACCAGCUGUGGUUCCUGCUGCUCCACCGUCUACCGUGCAAACAGUCGACACCUCAAAUGUUCCUGCUCGCCACAGACCAGUCAUUGCAACAUUGACAAGACUAUUUAAAGAGACAUCAGAAGCUUUGGGAGGUGCCCGUGCAAAUCCAGCCAGGAAGCGUGAAAUUGAAGAUAAUUCAAGGAAAAUAGGUGCCUUGUUUGCUAAACUCAACAGCGGGGAUAUAUCGGAAAACGCUUCUGAUAAGCUUUUUCAGCUGUGCCAGGCUUUGGACAUGAAUGAUUUUAGCACAGCUCUGCAAAUCCAGGUACUUCUUACCACAAGUGAGUGGGAUGAAUGUAACGUCUGGCUAGCAACGCUCAAAAGAAUGAUCAAGACAAGGCAGGGUGCUGGCGUGAGAUCAAGUUAAAACACAAAAUUUCAAACUAUAUGAUCUCUACUUAGCAUUUCUCAUUCUACGUGUGCUGUAGCUCUUUUAGCUGGUUGUCUUCUUCAAUGUACACAAAAGCGGCUUCGCUAGACAGAACUGCAGGGCUUUGGAUUAUUUGCCCUAACUCGCUGUUACAGGAGUAGUGCCUCCUGCUACAUCAAGUCAGCGUGGAUAGUUAUCAGGACAUUGAUGGUAUUCCCUUUUUUUUUUCUCUCCCCCUCUUUUCGCAUUUAACAUUUGUUUGUAGUGUUGAGAAAUAGAGUUUUGGUUUUUAGUACACCAAUGCUGCUACAACUCACAUUUUUUUGUUGAAGUACAGUGGCAUUUAGUUUAUCUAUUGCUGUCACCAUCUGCUGUAUCUCCCUCAUGAUACUAUCAUGUGUAUGAGAAAUGGAACUUCUAAUAACAUGAUUGUUAUUGAAGUAUUUUGUUCCCCCUC